AAAAGGCAUCGGCAUCAGUGGUGUUAUGGUUUCGAAUUCACCGUUCCGUUCGAAAGUAGCUAGUUGAGCAUAGUAUGGUAGUAUGCUACGGCUCCUGUGUUCCAAUGCCAUGACCACAGGCACAUAGUCGUGGCGUAACAGCUGCUCACGUUUUGUUUGCGUAAACCGCACUGAUCACGUUGACGUGACGUUGAUGCUUCUACGUGUCGUGAGAUAUGUCGACGUUUCGUGCAUUGUUUUCUCUUGUGCUGCUAGUCAGAACAUGCUGUGUUUUGUGUCUUGACAAUGGACUUGCGUUGACACCACCGAUGGGCUGGAUGUCAUGGGAACGCUUUCGAUGCAGUGUCGAUUGUGACCAUGACCCCGAAAACUGCAUAAGUGAGAAACUUUUCAUGCAAGUGGCAGACCACCUGGCAGAAGAUGGAUUUAGAGACGCUGGGUACAAGUAUCUCAUUAUUGAUGACUGUUGGUCAUCCCGAGAAAGGUCACCCGACGGUAAACUACAACCAGACCCAGCACGAUUUCCCAGAGGAAUGAAGUUCCUGGCCGACUACAUCCACAGCAAGGGCCUAAAAUUUGGCAUGUACACAAACUAUGGCCACUCUACAUGCAUGGGGUUUCCAGGAACUGUUAAUUCCACUCUGGAGAUCGAUGCAAAUACGUUUGCAUCUUGGGAAAUCGACUAUCUUAAAGUUGACGGAUGCCAUACGUACUGGUACGAGCAGAAAUAUGGCUAUCCAAAGUUUGGCGAAUACCUUAGAAGAACUGGCCGACCAAUAGUGUACUCGUGCAGCUGGCCAUAUUAUGACUUGACCAUAAGCAAAACUGAACCAAACUACGCAAGUAUAAAGCAACACUGCAAUUUAUGGAGAAACUACCAUGACACCCGUGACAGCUGGAGUAUGAUCAACAGUAUCAUGGCCUAUUUUGGAGAUCACCAGGAGCUCCUUUGUCCUCAUGCGGGGCCAGGUCAUUGGAAUGAUCCUGACAUGCUGAUGAUCGGCAACUUCAAGCUGACAGACGAUGAAUCGCGUGCACACAUGGCAAUAUGGGCAAUUUUGGCUGCUCCACUCAUCAUGUCAAAUGACCCCAGGAGGAUACGUCUCAGAGCAAAAAAUAUCCUCUUGGACAGGGAUGUUAUUGAAGUGGAUCAGGAUCGUUUGGGGAUUCAAGGGAAGAGGAUUUACAUGGGCCACGGCAUUUCCAUCUGGACGCGACCCAUUGAACCAGUGCAUGGCGUUCAGUACUCCUAUGCAGUUGCCAUUGUGAACCAUGGAUCAAAACGUGCCUAUUUUAAUGUACUUCUAAAGGACAUCGGCUUAAACCACACGAGUGGGUACCAUCUAAAAAAUCUGUUCACAAAAAAUAACUUGGGACUGCACUUACCAGAUGACAAAGUCACUGAAGUCCUUCCUGCAUCAGCUGUUCAUUUUGUAAAAGCAACCAUUGUUCAGAAAGACUCUUGAAAGAAUAUUGAGUGCCAUUAAGUGACCAAGUGCCUUUAAGUGAUUAAGCGAUAAAUAUUUGUUACCUUUA